ACAUGAAUGCUGAUCGUGCGACGAAUAGGUCGUUCAUUUCCAGCUUUUUCGGGAUGAAUACUGCCGACAUUCGGAAUCUUGACAAUUCGCAGACAAUCUUCUAGAUGACCGCCGUUCCUAUUACGCUGAUUAUUGUUCUAAUUUCUCUCAUUAUAGCGUUCAAAGGUGAUGCGAUUGGGGAGCGGCUUGGACAAACAUCGACCUCGGCCGGGAAGUGUCUUCGGCGUCAAAGGUAUGCCGCCUCCCAAUGGAUCAAGUCGAGAUGGACGGCGAAAAGACGGAAUUUGAGAGAGUUUGGCGGGGAAUUACCGAUGUACUCAGAGAACGACGAUCCGCUGCCGCCUGCCCGACGGGCAACCGACCUUUCGGCACACUCGACGAUCAAUGUGUUUGACUAUGAAGUAUUAGACGUUGAAAAUGAGUGAUAGACGGAUCGGCAAACACGUCAGAAGCCCCGCCGGCCCGAGCCUUUAGCCUUUGCUGCGCACCUGCCAAGCCCCCGGGUUGCUUGCCAACCUUUCAAUUUCCUGGGAUAUUUCCGGGUUUGCUCCUGGACUGCUUCACAGCCAUCCCAUUGGUAGCGGAAC